AUGCAUUUUCGCGUCGGGAAUGCUCACGUCCUCGAACCAUUUCAGCAGCCCAACGUUGCCCUUCUGGUUUGCAACAGCGUCACAAUGGCUCAAGAGACUUUCCUCUUCACGUCCGAGUCCGUCAAUGAGGGGCACCCUGAUAAGCUGUGCGAUCAGGUGUCCGACGCCGUGUUGGAUGCCUGCUUGGCACAGGACCCUGACAGCAGGGUUGCCUGCGAGACUUGCACGAAGACCGACAUGGUGAUGGUCUUCGGCGAGAUCACGACCAAGGCCAAGGUUGAUUAUGAGAAGAUUGUGCGGGACACCGUGAAGGAGAUUGGCUUCAUCUCAAAUGAGGUUGGCUUGGACGGCACCAACUGCAAGGUCCUUAUGAACAUUGAGGAGCAGAGCCCUGACAUCAAGCAGGGUGUCGACGCCAAGAAGCCUGAGGACAUUGGUGCGGGCGACCAGGGACAUAUGUUUGGCUAUGCCACUGAUGAGACUGAGGAGCUCAUGCCCCUGACUCACGUGCUGGCCACCAAGCUUGGAGCCAAGCUCACGGAGGUCCGGAAGAAUGGCGUCUGCAAGUGGCUGCGGCCCGACGGUAAGACGCAGGUGACCAUCGAGUACAAGCUGGAGAACGGCGCCACCGUCCCCGUGCGUGUGCACACCGUCCUCAUCUCCACCCAGCACGACGAGACCGUCACCAACGACCAGAUCGCCGCUGACCUCAUGGAGCACGUCAUCAAGCCCGUCAUCCCCGCCAAGUACAUGGACGACAAGACCAUCUUCCACCUGAACCCCUCAGGCCGCUUCGUCAUUGGCGGGCCCCACGGAGACGCUGGCCUCACCGGCCGCAAGAUCAUCAUCGACACCUAUGGCGGCUGGGGCGCCCACGGAGGCGGUGCUUUCUCCGGAAAGGACCCCACCAAGGUCGACAGGUCUGGUGCCUACAUCGUCCGCCAGGCAGCCAAGAGCAUCGUUGCUUCCGGCCUGGCCAGGCGCGCGAUCGUCCAGGUGUCGUACGCCAUCGGUGUCCCCGAGCCCCUGUCCGUCUAUGUCGACACCUACGGCACCGGCAAGUACCCCGACGCCAAGAUCCUGGAGGCCGUCAAGGAGAAUUUCGACUUCCGCCCGGGUAUGAUUGCGAUCCACCUCGACUUGAAGCGCGGUGGCAACAAGCGGUACCAGAAGACCGCUGCGUACGGACACUUCGGGCGCGACGACCCCGACUUCACGUGGGAGGUCGUGAAGCCCCUCAAGGUCGAGUAGGGCGGGAAUUUGUAACAGUAGGUAGCUAGCUGGCCGGCCCAUCUGCCGUCUGUUGGGCCCCGAGAAAGGUCUGCCAUUGGGCCUUUGGGGCUGAACACGCCCCCCUCCCCAGCCCGCUAUCAGCGCAAGUUGCUUACUGUUGACGACAGGUCUAUCAAGGACUGCUAAUAAGGUGCGGAAGUAUGCGGCAUAUUUGGACAAUCCGGAAGAUGUUUGAGUAGUCUUCGCUUGAUUAUUGAGAUGUUUCGAGUUUGCGCCAUGUACUCUAAACCAAUCGACCUUGAUGGCCCAUAAUAACGAACUGGCCGUCAAGAUUGUGGACACUGUCGACAGAACGCUGGCCUGCCAGAUCACUAAUUGGACAGAUCGCGAAAUGAUGGUUCUCAAACAGUCAAAACGGCACCUGCUUUUAAAGACAGCCUGCAUGGCCUGUUGAUGAACAGGGUUCACCAGGGUGAGCUGCUUGAGUGCAGGGGCGCCGCUUUUAUUCCAGAGCCUGCCCCUGGCACACUGAUUUAUAGAUUUCACAAGUAAAGACGCAAACAAACUAUUGUCUGAGGAAUCAUUGAAUAGUCCGUUACCGGACCCCAG